UUCAAGCCAUCAAAUAUUUACGUGAUGCCUUCCGCUUCUGGCAAACUGACUUCAGAACAUUUCAAAACAUGGCUGAAGGAUGUGUAUUUUCCCAAUGUUGGGCAUUCAAGUGUCUUAUUAAUUGAUUCGUGGAGUGGGCAUUGCCCUUAUGCUGUAAAGGAAGCAGCACCUCCAAACAAAAUUGUUGAUGUAAAAAUAAUUCCAAAAGGAACAACAGGAAAAAUUCAUCCACUAGAUGCUUUCGGCUUCCGAGUGUGGAAAAAUUACGUCCGUCGCUUCGAGGAUAGUGUAACAUUAAUGAAUGAGGAUAUAGAACUUCAUAAAAGAAAUAACAUUAUA